GCCGUCCUAUAAUGAUUGCAAACUCUCUAUAUCAAAGACGCAUUCAAUUUGCGAUAGCCGGGCUUGUCGCUUUCUCCUUGUUUCUGCUGUAUUUCCGACACGAAAUCUCAUCUGCAUCGAAUGAACUCCCACAUGUGAGUGGGACGUUUGCACAGAACGGCUUGUUGGAGAACGUACAGAACCAAACGCUAGGGUUCCAGAAGCUCUUCGUUCUCAACCUUCCCUCUCGGACAGAUCACAAAGAUGCCGUCUCGCUGGCUGCCGCCUUAAGCAAUCUACAGCUGCAUUGGAUAGAUGGGGUCAAGGGCGCCGAUGUGCUUCAUAAGGCACUGCCUCCAGGAGACUACCAAAUCCCGCCUGAUGGCGUCAAGGGAUGCUGGAGGGCACAUAUGAAUGCUCUUCUAACGGUUAUCCAACAAAAUGUUUCCACAGCCCUUAUUAUGGAAGACGAUGUAGACUGGGACAUACGAAUCAGAGAUCAACUCCAUCGCUUCGCUGUCUACGCCCGCAUCCUCACACAACCUCUCUCGUCCAACCCCUCUGAAUACGCCGACCCGACAUUCCCGGAACCAAAACUAGAAGGUCAGAUCUUGAACAUCCCCCUCGAACACGUCCCCAGCACGAUCGCCCCCUUAUCUUCUCCCUAUGGCGACAACUGGGACCUCCUCUGGCUCGGCCACUGCGGCAUGCAAUUCCCCAAGCCCGAAAACAAGCCCCUUAAUCCCCUAGGCCGCGUUGUACACUCGAACGACCUCACCCGGGGUGCACGUCGGUUGCUCUACGAACUAGGCGUCAACAAGUUCUCUGCAAAUCUAGAUAUCAUGCUGCGCGAGUUCUGCAAUGGGGCGAACGGGCGCGUGCAUGGGACGCGUCUGACGGUGCAACCGCAGCUGUUCCAGCACCAUCGGCCGAGGGGCGCGAGGAAGGGGUUUAGUGAGAUUUCGGAUCAUAGGGAGAAGUGGAAUGAGGAGCCGUAUUCGAAGCAUCUGCAGUGGAGUGUUCGGAUGAACUUUGGGAAGAUGGUCAUGGGGAGGACGGAUUAUGUGGGUCAGUGGCCGGCUGGGGGGAAGGACAAUGGGCUGCCUAGUAGAUAG